AGACGUCUUUGUAGGGAAACUAUGUUUAGAGUAUAAUUAAUAUUAAAGCCUGUGUAGGCAAAUUAGUUCUAGAUUUUUUUUGUAAAUUUAUCUUGUGAUAAACACCAAAGUUACUACAUUCAAGUAGAGACGUGUGAUUCCAAGUGAUUCCAAAAUUGUACAAAGCAGAUCGUUUUCGAGUAUUAAGUAUUAUUACUUCUGCAAUAAGAGUCAACAAGAUUCUCGUGGAUUACUCGAUUACAUCUCUUUAAUAGUAUUUGCUAUAACUUUAUCAUAAGAGGACAGUAAUCAUUCUGUCCGUCAUUGUUAAACGAAUAACGUUACGACACGGAAUAAAAUAGCUCGCUAAAGAAGACGGAGUUAAAAAUAGAGUGACAAUAAUCUCUGUAACUCAGUCUUUAGUGGAUUAUUUAGAAAGAGUUUUAACUAUUAAGGAUAUUAUUUAGAAAGCUAAAAAAUAAGUGAAAAUGGGGAUCUUGAAUCAAAUUAUUUGCACGUUAAUUGCAAGCUUUCUGUGCUUCAUCCUUGGUCUAUCCUACGCCUGGCCAUCUUCAACCAUGCGAUUAUUUCAAUCUGAUAACACCACCCUGGAGCGACCAAUGGGACCAACAGAAAUUGCUCUUUUUGGUAGCCUGUCUUCCAUUGGUGCUUUGGUCGGCACUCCACCAAUUGGUAUAUUUUUGGACAUCAUUGGACGAAAGUACUGCGCUAUGGCGGCCGGUCUGAUGAGCGUGCUCGCCUGGACAAUAAUAACGACGUGCAUAAAAGUAGAAGCAAUACUGGUCGCCAUUUUCUUGUCGGGAGUUGGCGGGGCAGUCGUCUUAGUGGUCCCGGUUUACGUCGGAGAAAUCUGCCAAGAAUCAAUAAGAGGCACUAUGACGUCGUCCUCUAUGAUUUUCUAUGGUAUUGGAAUGCUAGCGUCAUAUGUUUUGGGAGGGUAUUUAGAAUACAAACUUAUGGUGUACAUUUGCCUGUCUUUGACUAUUUUGGGGGUUAUUAUGCUGUUGUUUUUGAGAGAAACUCCUUUAUAUUUGAUGAAGAAAGGAAUGGACAAGGAAGCGCAAAAAUCAUUCGCGUUCUAUCGCAAUGCAGCUUUUGAUUCUAAAAUAGUUCUGCAAGAAAUGGAUACUCUGAGGCGAGCAUUCAACCCUGUGAUGGAUGACGAUGGAGGUACGACUAUAUUUGUAACAAUUUAUAUUAGUUUUAUAAAUUUACAGGCCAAGUCUCAUUUAUAA